AUGGAUCGUUCAGAAGGCUCAUCGCUAUCUCGCGAUGCCGUCAUGCUCACCAAGGAGUAUUUGGCACAAGACCUGGUACCAUCAAUACUUGGUGUCACUGGUGUCUUCUGCUUCCUCUCUCUUAUCAUUGUGUCGCUCCGUCUGUAUGCACGCGCAUUCAUGGUACGGCGCUUAGGUUGGGAGGAUCUUCUGAUCUUCAUCACGGGACUUUUCGUUCUUGGAUGCUGGAUCUGCUUUGUCGGCGAGUCGAAGACUGGAGUUCUCGGUCGACACAUGGAGACCGUCACGAUACCGCAAUAUGAACGUUUCUUGUUGUGGACAUUCCCGCACCAACUCUUCCUAUCGCUCGGUGUUGGCACAUUCAAGUGCAGUGUUGGCUUCUUUCUGAUUCGAGUUGCUUUCAUCACAAUCUGCUCCCUCGUAUAUGCUUCGACACUCUUCUGGGCGUGUAUUCCUCUUCGAGCCAACUGGCAUCUGGACGAGCAGAAGGAUGCAAAGAUGAUCUCGACCAAGGUGUGGAUGGGUCUCGCGAUGUGGAACAGCAUCUCGAACAUGCUGACGGACAGCAUCUUGGCUCUCUGGCCCAUGCCACUCGUGCUCAGAAUGAGGGUGUCAACAUUCAAGAAGGCCGCGCUUGUAGCCGCAUUGAGCCUGGGUUGGUUGGCAGUCGUGUGCGGAGCAGUCAAGACGUGGGCCAUGUGGAACUAUUUCAGCGUCACAGACAAGUACUACAAGGACCAGAUCCGCCGCUCUUCAUCUUCCAAAAACGACAGUGGAAAGAUUGUCUUGAUGCCGCCGGUGGUCAUGCUAGCGAAACCGGCCCAGGCACGUAUUCGCCGACCAAUCAUUACGUGGACAGGCAUGGGCUUCACCUCGUUCCAGGAUGGCGAAGAGUUCAAGUACGAUGAUCGGGAACGAAGUGGUUCGAGAACAGCGCUGAGUUUUGCUGCAAACGUACCCGAUAUGUCGGCGAAAUACUGGUAUACAGCAGCAAGCUAUCUUGGCUGUGGCAAUUAUGGCGAUGUCAUACCUUGCAUGCGCAGCAAGAACAUGACCGACAUCCUCGAAGCUGCCGCCAAAGUGCCUUACGAGCCGACAACAGCGCUAUAUCAACCAGUCUUCCAUCCCACCAUCGACAACCAGACCGUAUUCGCCGACUACGCUUCCCUAUCCGCCAACGGCAAUUUCGCAAGAAUACCCUAUCUAGCAGGUAACGUCGACUACGAAGCCGGCUUUUACAAACUAGCUGCUUGGGCAACCAACAGAACUUUAACACCCACUCAAUGGGACAACUUUAUCCUAUCUGGCUUCACCUGCCCCAACAGCACCGAAACUGCAAAUCGGGCAAAAUACAAUGUUCCCACCUGGCAAUAUCGCUACUUUGGCGAGUGGAAAAAUUUGCGCUUGAUGUAA